AUGAUAAAUUCAAAAUUGUGGGAGGAAGAACGCAAGUCUUCGCUGUUUAACCGCAGCGGCGUGCACUCUGAGGAUGACUUGCUGUCGCUGCGCCGGAAGGUCGAGGCUCUCGUCGGCCGCAACGAAUGCGCCGGCGAAGACGACAUUCUGAGCUCCAUCAUGAAUUAUGUCUGCAAGUUGAUGAGCGCCUGCAAUUGGUGGAGCUCCUCGCCCAGCUCCGACGAACCGCUGUGGCCGGGAGAGCCUCGCUUCGAGGUGUCUGAGGAAAAUGAGCGGAUAUUCCGCUUGGACGCGGAGCGCACGUUCAUCAGUGAGGAGAACCGUGCGGUGUUGUGCCGCAACUUGACGCUGGUAUUCAGGCACGUCGGCGACUACCACCAGGGCGAGGGCUUCGUGAUUGCCUUCUUGUCCCUCUUCCUGCCCGCCGCCGAAGUGGUUCGUUUGGUCGUCCACCUCCAUGAGAACCAGCUUCGCGGGUACUUUUCCUGCACCCCAGAGGCAUACGUGCGUGACUCCCGGGUGCUCAUGAGGCUGCUGAAGGGGCGAAACGAGGAGCUGUGUAAACAUCUGGAGGGUCUCCUAGUGCCCGAGACAUUCUGCUCCAAGUGGUUCAUCGGUAUGAAUGUGCACGUUCUGCCGUUCGAGUAUGUUGUGAAGUACAUUGAUAAGGUGCUUUCGGAGGGUGAGCGCUACAUCUUCAGCUUCGGGCUCGCUUUCCUGCUGUUCCAUGCCGAGACCAUUUUGGGCUGCAACGACGUGUCUAAGGUCCUGCAACUGCUCCGUCUCGACGAUGCCAUUCUUCCGCCCGAAAAUGAGCGCGAAGCGAUAUACAGUGGCAUAAUGAAGCUGGCGGACGAAACUGCUGUAGACAUCGAGCAGCUGUCGUCACUCCGCGCUGAGGUGGAGAAGGAAUUGCAAGAGCAAAAGGAGGCCCGCGAACGGCGUAUGAAGGAGCUAGAGGGCAGUGAUGACGAAAUCGUCUUCUCCGACGAGGAGUGA